AUGAUCUCAGUCAAGUUAUUAGUUGUCCUUAUUGGAUUUGUUGGUUUUGUAGCUGCUGUCAAUUAUUGUGAUAAGGCUCUUUGUGGAAAUGCUAAGCACAUUUCUUGCAAUGCCACUGGGAAAUUUUCAGAUAUCUGUAAGAAAACUGCCAAACUUGCAACUUUCACAGCUGAUGACAAAAAAGCUAUAGUAAAAGGACACAAUGCAUUAAGAAACGAUUUAGCCAGUGGCAAAAUUACCGGCUACGAUACAUGUCCAAGAAUGGCUACAAUGCAAUGGGAUGAUGAACUAGCUCUAUCCGCUGGUGAUAACGUAAAACGUUGCUUAUUUGCCCAUGAUGAAUGCCAUAAUACCUUCAAGUACAAAUCAUCCGGACAAAAUAUUUGCGAAUUGGCAUCCGAUCAACCACACACCGAUACUCAACAAAAUAUGGUAAAAUCAUGCUUGCAAACUUGGUGGACAGAAAAGAAAGAUGCAUCCAUGACUGAUAUUAAAAAGUAUCCUGAAUUUCCAAAACAUAUGAUUGGUCAUUACACAGUUAUGGCUGUUCAAGGCAAUGAUAGAGUUGGAUGUGCUGCUUCAUAUUUCAAUGAUCCAGCUAUGGAUGAUUGGUUUGCAUUUUUGUUUACAUGCAAUUAUGCAAAAACAAAUAUCAUAAACGGUACAAUUUAUACUUCUGGUAAGACCGCUAGUGGAUGUAAGGCUGGAGUAAAUCCAAGUUUUAAGGGAUUAUGUUCUGAAAAGGAAGUAUAUUAAAUAAAAAUUGCUUAAGAAUAUUUGUGUUAAAUGGACAAUAAAGAAAUGCAGAAAACUUAAAA